AUGAUUCCCCUUCUCAUUCUUGCGGCCCUCGCGGUCGUCUUCCGCCUCCUUUGGUCAAUCUUUACGAGUCUUCGUCAUGCGCAGAAUGCUCGCAAGUGGCACUGCGGUACUAUCCCCACCUAUCCGGGUGAUGUACUCGGCAUCAACACGUUGAAGGAAGUUCUGCGUGCUGACAAGGAGAAACUCAUCCCCGUUUUAUCCGCACGGCGCGUCGAAACGAUGACAGCCCGUGAAGGACGAUACGUGUCGACCUUCCGCCUCCGCCAGAUGGGAAGGGAGAGCGUCUUUACGUCUGACCCGAAGAACAUGCAGGCUAUUUUAGCUACACAGUUCAAGGAAUUCGAGCUCGGUGAUGUCAGAAGACAUGCCCUGUGCCCGCUGUUGGGCUCCGGCAUUUUCUCAACCGACGGCGAAUCCUGGUCGCGAUCGCGGACUCUUCUCCGUCCACAGUUCACCCGCGACCAAGUCAGCGACCUCGAUCUCGAAGAACGCCACGUCCAAAAGGCCAUGGCCGGCAUACCCGCUGACCCUUCCACCAAAUGGACUUCCGAAAUCGAUAUCCAAACCAUCUUCUUCCGACUAACCAUCGAUUCUGCCACGGAAUUCCUCUUCGGCGAAAGCGUCGAAAGCCAAACUGCCGCAUUAAGCGGUGGUAGAAUCAUCGAAGACAAAUUCCCCUCUUACUUCGACCGCGGCCAAUGGUACGCCUCGCAGCGCGCGCGCUUCGAAAAGCUCCACUGGAUAGUCAACAACAAAGAAAGUCGCGAAACCGACCGGUUUGUGCACGCCUACGUCGACCGUUUUGUCGACGCUGCAUUAGCCGCUGUAAAAGAAGGCAAAACCAACCCCGAAAAGAGCAACUCGGACCACUAUGUUUUCCUCCACGGUCUCACUACCGUAACACAAGACCCCGUCGAACUCCGCUCCCAACUCCUCAACAUCCUCCUCGCGGGGAGAGAUACUACCGCUUCGCUGCUGAGCUGGUGUGUGCUUCUCCUCGCCCGCUAUCCGGAUAUCUUCCAGAAGCUCCGCAAUACGAUCCUAGCCGACUUCGGUGACUAUGAAAAUCCAAGGAACAUCACCUUCGCUUCGCUCAAAUCCUGUCGUUAUCUCCACUACUUCAUGAAUGAAGUCCUCCGUCUCUACCCCAUCGUUCCGGGGAACCGUCGCGUCGCGGUAAAGGAUACCACCCUCCCCUGUGGGGGAGGCCCGGACGGCUCUGAACCCGUGUAUGUCCGCAAGGGCCAGCCCGUCGUGUACAGCGUGUUUGUCACGCACCGACGGAAGGAUAUCUGGGGCGCGGACGCGGAGGUGUUCAAUCCGGACCGCUGGGAGAAUCUCAAGGUCGGGUGGGAGUAUUUGCCGUUCAACGGGGGUCCGAGAAUCUGCAUCGGGCAGCAAUUCGCACUUACCGAGGCUGGGUAUGUGCUUGUUCGACUUUUGCAGAGGUUUGAUCGGAUUGUGGAUGCGAGGCCGGAGAGGGAUAUUCGGUUUAAUGCUACGCUGACUAGUGCGCCGUGGGAGAAUGUGAUUGUUAGGUUGAGGGAGGGGGCUUAG